AAAUAUUACUUCAUACCAUGGUAAGCUCUACAAGGCUAAAAUACAGGCCGUCCAACCAUUUCAAAAUGCUUUAUGCAUUAACACAUUUGUUGAUGAAAGAUUAUGUCAAAAACCCUUGCCUUUUUGCAAAAUGCAAAACACUGAUGAAAACAAUUUUAAACCAGGUGUUUUACUUCAUGCCCCGACAUGACGUUGCACAGGCUUGUCAAGUGAAAGGAUGCCAUAAGUAAACACGCUGCCAGUAACAGAUAAACCGAUGCAAAACCGCGAUGCAGAAAAGUGCUUACCCUACCGUCAGCCUUCCAGAGGCUGAAUAAUGGACGCGCAUCUUAUUGAUUUCAUUUUCAUCACAGAAGUCCGAUGGGAUUUAUUUUUGUGGUGCUCCAGUACUGGAAGCUCAGUGAGGUGUAGAGAAAUGGAUCUUUUGGUUUGACUAAUGGUUUCCAUUUUGCCUACCUGGCAACAGGGACAUGUCAUUUAGAGCAGGGCAUUCGAGCCUCUUGAAGCUAAUGCAUAUGGCCUGUGUAGCGGCAGCGAGAGGGUGGCUAUGCAGGCUCAGGUAACAGCCUCCCCUCACACCUCUCAUCUCCCAAUGGUGCCCUUGUGUCCACAGAAACAGUGCUAGACGAGUCUAAUGGGCGCUGUAAGCAGAGAGGGUAAUGACAUAUUGCUUUUUGUUUUAGUGCUGUUUUCUAAGGAAAGCAUCACUAUAUUAGUGUUCAUAGUUUUCAACAAACCUGUAUGCCUAGUAUACAUUUUCAGCAUUACUCUCCUUUUCCAUCAUGCGCGAUACAGCGUGAUUGAUGGGUCAGUGACAAAAAUGAAUAGGUGCAGAAAAAAGUUGCUUUAGUUGUUUUGAAAAAGUUUUAAAAUAUAUAUGUUAUACACAAUCAUUUACAUGCUUUUUACAUUAUCCAUAUAUAUAUAUAUAUUAGAAAAAGCAUAUUAAAAAUGUUGAGUAACAUUUUUUUUGUACAUCUCUCAAUCAUUCAGUUUCAGUGCAUAAACUGUAACAUCACGUGCAAUGUAAUUUGAAAAAAUGAACAAAAGAAAAAAAAUGUAAAAUAUUGUUUGAAAACGUUAAAAUGAAAGGUUUUGUAUGGUAUUGAAAAAACAUACAAACUAAUAUAUUUUUUUUAAAGUUUAACUUAAAAGUAGUGAUUAAAAAAGGCAUGUGGUGCAACCAAGUAAAAAUGAAUACAGCAUUUUUUCUUACACCUUGAAUAUGUAAUAAUUAUAAUUUUCAAUGUACAUCCUUUUCCCCAUAAGUACUUAUGUACUUUUUCUACAUGAUUAUAACAACAAUUAUAAAAACAAUAAUUAUUUUAAUGAUAAUAGUUUUUAUUCAUAAUAAUUAAUAAAUGUUUUUAGAGAGUUUACACCGCAAGACAUUUUACGACAUGCAAUACAACUAAUCUUUAAAAGACUUUGACUUUGAAGCGGUAACAAGGGUCAGGAGGUGUUACCUCAUUUUUAUGGUUUUAUCCCCACAUGCUCCAACAAUAAAAACAGGACUAAAAAUAGUCCUAGAGAUCCUCAAAUCUUUCCCUGGAGGUCCAAUGAACUGCAAAGUUUAGCUCUAACCCUAAUCAAACACCUAAGCAUGCUAAUCGGUGUCUUCAGGAUCAUUAGGAAAUCACAGGCGGGUGAGUUUUAUUAUGGUUGGAGCUAAACCUUGCAGUGUAUUGGACUGAGAAGAUUGAGGAACUCUGUUAUAUACUCUAGUGACACUAGCAUUGCGAUGGCAUUAAGUUUCUCCAAAUAAUGUAAAAGUUCACCUAAUAUGGAAGUUAUUGAAGGUGUAUGCUCAGUUCAGGAUGGCCUAACCUUGGUCUGAACACAGUCACGCUUUAAUCACUCACUACUAACACCGGAGGUGUAAUUUAAAAGCCUUUUCCCUGAAUGAUGUCAUUGCACCGCUGGGAGACAUCAUAUCACACCAUGAGGUACGAGAUGAACAUCUCAACUCUGGGGUUACGCUGGUCAGUAACCCCCUGAGAUAUAAAAGUCACCAGUGCUGGAUUUCCUGAAGGAGGACUGCAGAAAGACUGCCAUGACUUUGUUUCAUGGGCCAACGUCUCAUUUGCUUUGAUUAUUUAACUUCCCUUUGAGCUUCGGCCAAAUGGACCAGUUACACAGAAUUCAGGCCACAUUUCUGUGGAAGGCAGUUUUGACCCCAGGUUUCUUCGUUCAAAUUUUGUACUUUUAUACCGUUAGGAAGUAGACUGUGUGUCUGAUGGAAGGGUUUGAAGGCGUCUAGGAUACACGACCAUUCGCCCCCCAAGCGUUAGUGUUUUCUCCGCUGAGACUGUUCAAAAAUCCCCCAAAAGUCUCUGAUUCUCUUUGAUCCUUGGGAAAAUCAUGACUUAUUUGACCUUCGUUUAACAUCGAGCAGCGUGCAAUUUUGCUACUGAAACUUUGUCACAGAGCUUAAAAAAAAAAUCACAGGCACAAAACAGGAAUUCCUGUUUAUUCUUAGUCAUAGUCAGGUGUAUGUGUAAAUGCUCCUGCGAGUAAACAUCUGCACUUUAAUUGCCCUUUUAAGUGGUAUAACACGAGGGAUAUAGAUGCAUGAGAAUAAGAAGGACUGAUACGUUAACUUUCUAAAGCCAUCUCAUUAGGCUUCUCCUCAGGUAUCAAAUCCGCAGGCCUGUGCCAAGUGUAUGUCACCUGCCCAUGCAGUAGAAUACACUCUCAUUGGCUGGACCGAGGGGCGACGGGGAGGCACAGGUAGUUAAAAGGUAGUGAUCUGGAUGCAAUUUUCUCUUAGAGAAGAGAACGGAGAGGCGGCACGCAAGUCAACGACUAGGUACUUGUACAAUGCCCAAUAUUGUCCACCCGGUCAUCCUGCUGAUGGCCUUGCUGGUGGUAACAGCAGGGAAUCAAGCAUCACUACCCAAGACCACACAGUGGCCACGACUGAAACCCACUAAGAAGCCUCCGCCUCGAGAUGAAGGUGGUCCUCCACAGCCGCCCGGCCGCUUCGGAUCCCAUCCCAUCACAACUACUGUGAGCCCCACGGCGAGUGGUAUCACAGAGGAAGCCACAGACUCCAUGAUGGACGCUUACUCUACUUCUCCAACCGACAGCACUACCUACUCCAGUGAUGCGUAUUCGGCUGACUACCACACGGAGGCCAUGGUUCCUCCCGGGGUUGGCCCGGGGAACUACACGUUGGACUACAACGAGUGUUUUUUCAACUUCUGUGAGUGCUGUCCACCUGAGAGAGGUCCUCCAGGACCGGUGGGAGAAAAGGGAUUGCCGGGUAUUCCAGGGGAAAAGGGGGAGAUGGGACCUCCUGGACCUCCAGGUCAGGAUGGACUCACUGGCGCUCCGGGGCCACAUGGAGGAAAAGGAGAGAAAGGUGAUCCUGGAGUGAGUGGGCUACCCGGGAUUCCUGGUGUCACUGGGAAACAAGGAGAGAAAGGUGAAAUGGGCCUCAAAGGAGACAAAGGAGAUACAGGUUUAACCGGGCUGAAAGGAGACCCAGGGGACAGGGGAGAGCCCGGCUGGAAUGGAACAAAGGGAGAGGCGGGCGAGCCUGGCAUACAAGGACCAGCUGGCCCCCCCGGACCAGAUGGCAUCAAGGGGGAGAAGGGCGACAAAGGAGACUGUCCAUUUGGAGAGAAAGGACAGAAAGGCAGUAUGGGGGAGCCAGGGCUUCAAGGGCCAAAAGGAGACAUGGGAGUGCCAGGUCUGAACGGCACAGAUGGGCUUCCUGGGGCUAAGGGUCCGAAAGGAGACCCAGGGCCCCCAGGUAGGCAGGGAGAGCCUGGUCCUCCAGGAUCUCAUGGACCACCAGGACAGAGGGGGAUGCCAGGGAUGAAAGGCACACGAGGUCUGAAGGGAGCACGAGGUGUUAGGGGAUUCAAGGGCCUUAAGGGUGAGCCUGCCGUUCAGAAGCGCUCAGCCUUCAGCGUCGGUCUCUUUCCCAGCCGAUCGUUCCCGCCUCCCGGCCUGCCGAUCAAGUUUGACAAAGUCAUUUACAACGAGGAGGGUCACUGGGACCCACACGGCAGUAAGUUCAACUGCACUCAUGGGGGAGUUUACGUCUUUUCCUACUACAUAACCGUGCGUAAUCGCCCCCUGCGCGCAGCCCUGGUGGUGAACGGCAUUCGCAAACUGCGAACUCGCGACUCCCUUUACGGUCAGGACAUCGACCAGGCCUCCAACAUGGCAGUGCUGCGUCUAUCAUCUGGAGACCAGGUCUGGCUGGAGACUCUGCGGGACUGGAACGGUGUUUAUUCCAGCAGCGAGGACGACAGCACGUUCUCCGGAUUCCUGCUCUAUGCUGAUGCCACCAAGGACUGACGGCCAGGAAUCGCACUGACUUCUGAACGAACCAUUUUAGACCAGUACUUAAUUUUCUAGGGCCGAAACAAAAGCCACCUUUAUUACCUAAAUUACUUGAGAUCUGAAAUUAGAUCCAUGUACUAACAGUAACUGUACAGCCACUAAUUAUUACACUACCUGUUUCAUGGCAAGGACUAUCAAUGCUGGACUGUGCUGUAAUUUGUUUUCAUAAGCUGAUCAUUUGUGGGAGCUAUUUUGUAGCUCUUUACAUAUUUAUACAAAAUAGCUAGCAGCUUAUUCAAUAAAAUGAUUCAAUCUGUCUUGCUUUCUUAACCAUGCUGUGAUUUUUAAAAAACAAUUUAUGUAAUAUUAAUUAAUAAAUGCAAG